UAAAAGCUCAUCCAGUAGAAUCAGUGUGCAACUGUAACAUGUCUGUGGCGUCUAUGACUCUGAAUGAUGUGGAUUUUAUUCUGAUUUGUUUUGUCGUCUGCUCCUCUUCCCGGAAUGAGUCAAAGGAUGAUAACUCCUCCCUCUUCCUGGAGCAGCUCCACUCAUAUUUCCUCAUGUUUCCUUGUUCCCUCCCCUUUAGAUCUCUACAUUGAAGAUGGGUCUAACCAGCAUGUGGUGAAGAGUGAGAGCUGAUUGGCUCCAUUCACUGUAGAGUCACAUGUUGUUCAGAUCAGAGCUCAGACUAGAAUCACUUCUAGCAAACAGAAACUCACUCAGUCAUCGACACUGGCAGGAGAAAUGGAGCAGAAAGGAGUUCAUCUGGACAGAGAAACCUUCUCUUGUUCCAUCUGUCUGGAUCUACUGAAGGAUCCUGUGGCUAUUCCCUGUGGACACAGCUACUGCUUGAACUGUAUUAAAAGCCACUGGGAUGAAGAAGACCAGAAGGGAAUCUACAGCUGCCCUCAGUGCAGGAAGACUUUCAUACCGAGGCCUGUCCUGGAGAAAAACACCAUGUUAGCAGAGUUAGUGGAGCAGCUGAAGACGACUGGACUUCAAGCUGCUCCAGCUGAUCACUGCUAUGCUGGACCUGAAGAUGUGGCCUGUGAUGUCUGCACUGGGAGGAAGACGAAAGCCUUCAAGUCCUGUUUAUUCUGUCUGAUUUCAUACUGUGAGAAACACCUCCAACCUCACUAUGAUGUUGCUCAGUUCAAGAAACACAAGCUGGUGGAGCCCUCCAAGAAGCUCCAGGAGAACAUCUGCUCUCGUCAUGAUGAGGUGAUGAAGAUUUUCUGUCGUACUGAUCAGCAGAUUAUCUGUUAUCUCUGCACAAUGGAUGAACAUAAAGGCCAUGAAACAGUCCCAGCUGCAGCAGAAAGGACUGAGAAGCAGAAGGAGGUGGAGGUGAUGCUAGAAAACAUCCUGCAGGGAAUCCAGGAGAGAAAGAAAGAUGUGGAGCUUCUUAGACAGGAGCUGAAGGCCAUCAAAGACUCUGCUGAUAAAACAGUGGAGGACAGUAAGGAGAUCUUCACUGAGAUGAUCCGUCUCCUCCAGAAAAGAAGCUCUGAUGUGGAGCAGCUGGUCAGAUCCCAGCAGGAAACUGAAGAAAGUCGAGUCAAAGAUGUUGAGGAGAAGCUGGAGCAGCAGAUCACUGAGCUGGAGAGGAAAGGCUCCGAGCUGAAGCAGCUCUUAAAGACAGAGGAUCACAACCAGUUUCUAAAUAUUCACGUCAAAUCACACUGGAUCCAAACACAGCAAACACAGAGCUGUUAUUAUCUGAGGGGAACAGAAAAGUAACAUUUAUGAAUCAACCUCAGUCUUAUUCUGGUCAUCCAGACAGAUUCACUCAUUGGAGUCAGGUCCUGAGUAGAGAGAGUCUGACUAGACGUUGUUACUGGGAGGUGGAGUGGAGAGGAGGAGGAGUUGCUGUAGCAGUUGCCUAC